AUGACGACCAUAGGCGACUAUACCCUUGGUCCCGAAAUCGGGAAGGGCUCCUUUGCUACCGUAUACAAGUGUCAUCACAGCAAGACUCAUGCUGCCGUGGCGGUCAAAUCUGUGGUUCGAUCCAAACUCAAAUCAAAGAAACUUGUGGAGAACUUGGAAAUAGAAAUAUCCAUCCUCAAAAACAUGAAGCACCCGCACAUAGUGGGUCUUAUAGAUUACACACAGACCUCCACCCAUUUCCAUUUGGUGAUGGACUACUGUUCGAUGGGUGAUCUCUCCUACUUUAUCAGAAAGCGCAACCAGUUGGUGAAAAACCACCCGGUGAUAUCAUCCCUAUUAGAACGCUACCCUUCUCCAGAGGGCUCUCAUGGGCUAAAUGAGACCUUGGUGAUCCACUUUCUCAAGCAGUUAUCUUCUGCCUUGAGUUUCUUGCGCGAGAAAAGCUUGGUUCAUAGAGACAUCAAACCUCAAAACUUGCUUUUGUGCCCUCCGGCCCACUCCAAGUCAGAUUUCGAAAAGGGAGGCUACGUUGGCCUUUGGGAGUUGCCAAUUCUUAAGAUUGCAGAUUUUGGAUUCGCCCGGUUUCUCCCCUCCACUUCGAUGGCAGAGACCUUGUGUGGCUCUCCUCUUUACAUGGCUCCCGAAAUUCUUCGGUACGAAAAGUAUAAUGCAAAGGCCGAUUUGUGGUCUGUGGGUGCUGUGCUUUAUGAGAUGGUGGUAGGCAAACCUCCAUUUAAAGCUGCAAAUCAUAUCGAGUUGCUCAAGAACAUUGAAAAGUCGAAUGACAAGAUCAAGUUUCCUUCAUCUGCACAGGUACCCGAAUCUAUCAAACGUUUGAUACGUGCGCUUUUGAAAUACAAUCCUACAGAGAGAGUUUCCUUUAACGAAUUCUUCAACGACCAGCUAAUCACUUGUGCUCUUGACGGAAAUGAUGAGCCACUAGAAACUUCCCACAUGGACGAAAACUUGUUCAUCAGUGAAUACAUCUCGCCCAUUAAACGCUCUCAAGUUAUACAGCCAUUACGACCCGUAUCAUCGAGAAACAGCGCUAUCGAUAGACUGCCUAGACACUCCCCACAACCACUGUCAGGUAGUGAGAGCCGCGACGAAGAGAUCAAGCAACUUAUUAACAAAAAUAGUCCGGGACCAGAAGUGACAUCCCAAUCGAUUGUCACUCGUGAACGGCCCGGUAAGGGUCGUGACGAUAUAGUCUUGGAGCGUGAUUACGUCGUAGUCGAGAAAAGAGCAGUCGAAGUGAACGCAAUUGCUGACGAGCUUGCGGCCGCGGGCACUGCUGCAGUUGCUAUCAGAGCCCGUCGCUCGCUGCAAGACUCAACAUCGAGUCCUGAUUCUAAUAAGAUGUUCCGCCGUGGCUCCUUGAGAUCGAAUUCAAGUGGAAGUCAAAGGCGACCAAGUUUUACAGACCGUCGUAUAUCGGUCUCUAUAUCUCCAACGACCGCCUUAAGCAAAGCUAUUGGUUUGGCCUCGAACAGGCUCUUUGGCUCUUCAGCCACUCAACAGAUCACCGAGGAGACAGCCAAGGAGUUAUCAAACGAAUUUUCAGGUGCUAUGACGUUGAAUAACACGUUUUCAACCGUCAUAUCAAAUCCAAACUUUGCCAACCACCUUUUGCUACAGAAGUUGAAUUUGCCAACGUCUCUGGUCAUUGCUUCACUAGAGGCUGAGGCUUCUCCCAAGAAUGAGGACGAGGCAAUGGUUAUUAAACUCGAGGGUUUAGUGACGAAGGCUCAUGCUGUAAAUUUAUUCGCCGAUGUGAAAUUCAGUCAAUUGAUUCCUUCACCACCCUCCUCUGAAGGUGUAGAGGACGACGUAUUCCACCAGAACGACCUGCUCCCGCCCAGAAUCGUAAAGGCGAUCAGUGAAGAAGGGGUAGUGUUAUACGUCAAGACUCUUUCACUCUUGGCUAAAGGUAUGACACUUGCGAGUGAAUGGUGGUACUCCAAAAAUCAUAUAGGAGAUCAAGCGCCUACAGACGAUGGGAGUAGGCAAAGCACUGACGUCGCCAUCAGUGUACGAGUGAACGAACUAGUUCAAUGGAUUCGAGAGAAAUUCAAUGAAAGUUUGGAGAAAGCUGAAUUCAUCAAACUUAGGUUACAAGAGGCUGACUCCCAGAUCCAGAAAGAAUAUCUGGUGAGUCAGGCUUCGAAUGUCGACGACACUCAGACUGUAUCCAAGAGCUUAGAAGGCACCAAGGUUGUGGCAGAAAAGUUGAUCUUUGACCGGGCGUUAGAGAUGUCCAGGAAUGCGGCAGUUAGUGAGCUAGUCAAGGAAGACUUGAAAGGAUGUGAACUAGCCUACAGUACGGCGAUAUGGAUGUUGGAGGCAUUGUUAGAUGAUGAUGGAAACGAUGUUCUAGAUGAUGACGAUAGAGGAAUGGUUGAGAAGUUUAUCGUCAGCAUCGGCAACAGAUUGGGGGUAUUGAAGAGAAAGUUGGAGUCGACAGAAACAUGA